AUGACAAGUGCUAGUAAUAACCUAUCCACGCAGAUACGAUGGAUGAAAGAGAAUAAACCUCAAAUACCCGAUAGAAACUUUUUGGAUAUUUUCAUGAAAAAAGGCGAGAUACCAUUAAAUCUACCGGAUCAUGAUCUCGGCAUUAACAGAAGUGAUAGUGUUGAAAAUAAUAGCAGUAGCAAUAGCAGUAGUCACCCCAAUCUACCUCAAAAUAACUUAGAAUCAGUGGAGAAAAACGGCACAAGAAAUAAAACCGAGUCUGGCAAAAGUGGUAGGUUACCAACAAUGCAUACCCAACCCCAAACCCAAAUUCAGAAUCCACCUCUAGCCAGGAACAGUAAUGUGAUACCGAUAACGCCAGUAUCAAAGAAUCAAGAGGCGUCAAGACCAACUCCACCGACUUUUCCAAAAACGAAGCAGACCCCGCCUACGUUCAAUCAGUCGGGAGUAACCCAAUCUUCAUUCGUUGCGUCCACUCCGUAUCUUAAUAGCAAGCCAGUCGUAGAUUUAACUGGUGAUACCAAACCUCCCAUUCACGCUCCUCUGGCUCGAAGCGCUACUUUAAAAAGCUCCAUGAAUUCCCCUGAUGACUCGAAGAAUGCUUUACUCUCACUCCAGCAAAGGUACAUAAAUGUUUGUGAAGCUAAGAUCAAUUUGCUAAUGGAAAGGUUCUCAGUCACAGAAUCAACAGCACUCUCAAUUGACUAUAAAAAAGAGUACAUCAAGAACAAAUUUAAACCCCAAUUCGAGAAAAUUAAGAGUGAUAAGGCCCUACUUCGAGCUAGAUUACCUGAGGUUGAUGGAAUUGCUUUGAUUGAGGGCAAUGAUAAGUCGUUCAACUACAGUGACUUACCGGAUGUAGACUCAGAUAAAAUAUCGGGAACCUCCACUCAGGAACCUGUAAAUUUAAAUAAUAUGGAAGACUUGUCACUUCCCCAAGAGACAAUUUAUGAUAAAAUUAACUUUUCGUCACAAUUUACAGAUGCUGAUGGAUUUACGGAGAACCCGGUUCAUAUAGCUAAAACCAUUACUCCGACUCCUCUUCACCAAAUCCGUAGCCAACCAGCACCAUCGGAAGCUAUCGCUCAACCAGAACCAGUUCAAAGCUUGAUUGAGCAGGAAAAUACAAAUUACGAAGAACGAAAUUUACAAGAAGCUCGAGAAUAUGUAAAUCAAAAUCGGAGCAGACCAAAAGAUAAUACUUACAAAAAUGAUGACGAAGAGGAAGAUGAUUUUGGGGAGAAUCUCAUGGAUGGACUUCACACUUCACCGCUCCCUAUAGAUGAUAAUGGUAGUGACUUGGAUAGCUUCAUAGAAUACAGCCAGGGAAGAGGGCAAGAGAGCCAAUCCAUUGAUGGUACAUAUCGUGAAGAAGAAGAUGAAGGUGAUGAUGAGUAUAACGACAUAGAAGAGGAUGAUGAGGAUGACAUGUCAAAUUUGCAUAAAUCUAACGUAAUAGAAAUUGAUGAUAAUGAAGUUACUGAAAUAAAUCAGAGCUCUCGUAAAAUAUUCACGCAAGAAGAUGAGAUUGACGAUGAUGACGAAGAAUUUGAAAACGAUAUUGAAAAUGAAGAAAAUGAAAUUGAGGAGAUUGACUAUACUGCAGAACGAGAGCUAACAAAUCAUGAUGUCAUUGUAAUUUCAGAAGAUGAAGAAGAGCCUGUUAGCAAUGCAUUAACCAAGACUAACAAGAACCCGCUAGGAGAAAAGAACAUUUCUUCGGUUGAUGUAAAGGCAGAUGUUCGUUCUGAUAUUUUCAACUUUAAUAUUGAGGACCUCAAUUUUGGAGAUGACGACGACUUCAGCGAUGAUGAUGAGAACGAAGACAAAGAAAACCUUCCACCAAUAGGAACUCAGUACCAGUUUACCAAAGAUGUUUACCAGUUUCUCAAUAGUGUGUUCAAGUUGGAAUCUUUCCGCCCGAAUCAGUUGGAAGCCAUUAAUUCUACUUUGAAUGGUAAUGAUGUAUUUGUCUUAAUGCCCACAGGAGGUGGUAAAUCUUUGUGUUAUCAGCUUCCUGCGUUGGUCAAAAGUGGUAAAACGAAGGGCACAACCAUUGUUAUAUCGCCAUUAAUCUCCCUUAUGCAAGACCAGGUGCAACAUUUACUAAAGAAAAACAUAAAGGCUGGGAUGAUAAGUUCUAAAGGUACAUCAGAAGAAAGGAAAAGAGUUUUCGAGUUGUUUAGAAAUGGCUUCUUGGAUUUAGUGUACUUGUCGCCAGAAAUGGUGAGUGCAUCUCCACAAGCAAAAAAGACCAUUGAUUGGUUGUUUGAAAGAGGUAUGUUGGCUAGAAUAGUAGUAGAUGAAGCACAUUGUGUUAGCUCGUGGGGGCACGACUUCAGACCGGACUACAAAGGUUUGAGCUAUUUCAAACAGCAGUAUCCUAAUAUUCCAAUAAUGGCUCUUACGGCAACUGCCAAUGAAAAGGUUAGGAUGGAUAUUAUCCAUAAUCUCGGCAUGAAUGACCCAAUGCUACUAAAGCAGAGUUUCAAUAGAACCAACUUAUUUUAUGAUGUCAAAUGGAAGACUUCCAUUUCUUACAUGGAAUGGAUUAAAGAUUUUAUCAGUAAUAAGCAUAGAGGUCACACUGGAGUGAUAUAUUGUCAUUCAAAACAAUCAUGUGAACAGACCUCUCAAAAAUUGCAAAGCUGGGGAAUAAGAGCAGCCUUUUAUCAUGCUGGCAUGGAUCCUCAUGAUAGAACCAUAAUUCAGCAGCAGUGGCAGGAUAACACAGUGCAAGUAAUUUGUGCUACUAUUGCAUUUGGAAUGGGAAUUGAUAAACCCGAUGUUAGAUUUGUCAUUCACUUGUAUAUCCCAAGAACCUUAGAAGGUUAUUACCAAGAGACUGGUAGAGCUGGUAGAGAUGGUAAAUAUUCUGAUUGUAUCAUGUUUUACAGCUAUAAAGAUGCUACGGCUUUACAAGGUAUGAUCUUAAGAGAUAAAGAAUUGGAUCGUGAAGCGAAAGAGAAUCACAUGUCUAAAUUGAGACAAGUAGUUCAAUAUUGUGAAAAUACGACUGAUUGUAGAAGAAAGCAAGUGUUGCAGUACUUCAACGAACAAUUCGAUCCUAAAAAAUGUAAUAAGAAAUGUGAUUGUUGUUUGAACUCCAAUAAAACGAGUAUGGUAGAAAGAGAUGUCACUGAGUAUGCAAGGGAUAUCCUUGGCUUGGUACAAUCAUUUCAAAAUGAAAGAGUUACAGUUUUAUAUUGUCAGGAUGUGUUCAAAGGCAGUAAUAAUAAGAAGAUUGUAUCAGCUGGUCAUGACAGGAACCCAUUUCAUGGUAAGGGAAAUGACUUGGACAAGACUGAUGUGGAGAGAAUUUUCUUUUACUUACUAAGUGAAGGUGCGUUAGCAGAGUACCAAAUUAUGAAAGGUGGAUUUGCCUCUAACUAUGUCAAAUUGGGACCCAAUUCUCGAGAAAUUAUGCGGAACGGGAAAAGGAUUAAGAUUGAAUUUAGUACAGAGAGGAGAAACCGUACUACUAGCGGGAAUGAUAGGAAUGUGGCUGGUAAUGGAAAUGGAAAUGGUGCCAGGUUGAGGGCAGUGAAUAAUGCCCCUUCGAUACCAGUAAACCUUGGAUUUACAAGCUCUUUUACCACAGCGAAGAACCUUUCUUCGUUUAUAAAUCAGGACAAUGGUAGUGGGGCCUCUUCGGCAAUUCAUAAGAUACAGGGAACGGCCGGAAGUGCACCCAUUGUACUUCCUCAGACCAAUGUUGCCAAUAAUGAACAUGUAGAGCAUUCCUACGCUGAAUUGAGCAAUCUUAGAAACCAAAAAAUGGCAGAUUUUAAUUUCAGAUCAUCGAACCAAGUCUUUCUGGACUUGACUUUGAGAGACAUGGCAGUCAAAUUACCCACUAAUAAAAGAGAUUUUGCUAAACUACAAGGAUUAUCUCCAGACCAACUGAGUAACUUCACAUAUUUCAAGAAACUCCUAGGUAGUUUAUCACGGGAAAGGAAAAACCAUGGUAAUAAUUUUGUCAGGGAAGUACCUGCUACCUCGCUGGAGAAUAAUACGACGCAUACACAAAUAGAGUCACCGUAUUUCAAUGCGUCGCAGAGAGAUAUGGAAGUUUUGCAACAGUUAAGACAAAGUCAAACUCCAUCUACUUCUAAAACAGCUGUUUACCAGCAAACAUAUUCAUCUCAGGUUUCAAGUGGGAGCCGGAAAAGAUAUCUGUCCAGCCAAAAGCAUAGCCAAAGGGGAGGAAAACUGAAAUACCAGAAGACAUCAAGUGGACAGACCACUCGCACUAGUGGUGCAAAGAGCAGUACCACCAAUGUAAGCAAUGCAAACGUGAGAGCAAUGCCGAUGUAG